GCUACCCUCCCCCUUUUCCCGCGUCGCACUCGCAAGCAACCGCCAAUUAGUCCGCCAUGCCCACGUACUAUGCAAAUCAAACUGUAGGCGUACGUACAUACGAAUACGAUCGGCAGCAAGCGGUCGCGAGCUUUUCGAUGUGUGAUCUACUCUUGGACUACUGCUAUCUCUGCAUUGUGCCCCUCGUCUCACUUCGAUCCUGCCUGCUUGCUAAGUGAGAUCGAUCGAGCCCAUCGGUGAUGGACGACGACGACCUCCACGGCAACGGCAAGAACAAGCCGCUGCCGCCGACGCGGCGCCGCUGCUACUGUUGCAGCUGCACCACGGCGGCCACGCUGCUCAUGUUCCUGCUCACCAACGCCGUCUCCGUCGCCGUCGUCUCUUCCGGCGCCGGGUCCUCCCUGCUCCGCCGCUACGGCGGCGGCUACAGGCCCGCCGCCACCAUCGUCCGCCUCUGGGACGGCUCCGCGGCGCUCCACGCGGACCUCAACGCCACGCAGGCCGCGCUCGCCGCCGGCCGCGCCGACCUCGCGGACCUCCACGCCCGCGUCCGCACCGCCAACGAGCUCCUCCGCACGCUCCUGCACGCCAUGCGGGAGGAGCUCUCCGCCACUGGCGGCGGCGAAUGGAAGCGCGAGCCCGCGGGCGAGCUCAGGCUCGCUGUCGGUGUCGGCCCGCGCCACCACGAUGUGACCGAGGCUGCGGUCCCGGUCCUGGGCCACGCGUGCGUCCGCGUUCAGGACGAUCUCGAGCGCUACAUGGACUACGCACCCGGCGGGGAGUGCCCGUCAGACGAGCAACUCGCGCACAGGCUCAUGCUCAGCGGCUGCGAGCCGCUGCCGCGCCGCCGCUGCCGCCCGCGCUCGCCCAAGGGGUACCCGCAGCCGGCGCCGCUGCCCCGGAGCCUGUGGACCACGCCACCGGACACCACCGUCGUCUGGGACGCGUACGCGUGCAAGAGCUACUCGUGCCUCGCGGCCGCCCGCGGUAACAUCACUGGCUGCGGCGGCGACGGCGACGGCGGAUCAUGUUUCGACCUGCGGCGCGGGCGGGGUAGAUGGGCGCGCGACGACGGCGCGCUGUCCUACUCCAUCGACGCCGUGCUCCGGGCGCGUCCCAACGGCACGGUGCGCAUCGGCCUGGACCUCGGCGGCGGCUCCCCCUCCGGCACGUUCGCCGCGCGGAUGCUGGAGCGCGCGGGGGCCACCGUGCUCACCGCGGCCGUCGACUCCGGCGCGCCGUUCGGCAGCUUCGUCGCGUCGCGCGGCCUCGUGGCGCUUCACGUUACCCCCGCGCACCGGCUGCCCCUGUUCGACGGCGCCAUGGAUAUCGUGCACGCGGGGCAUGGCCUCGGCGCCGGCGACAUGCUGGAGUUCGCGCUGUACGACGUGUACAGGGUGCUCAGGCCCGGGGGCUUGUUCUGGCUGGACCACUUCGUCUGCGCCGCCAUGCAGCUGAACGCCACGCUCGCGCCGAUGCUGGAUCGCGUCGGGUUCAGGAAGCUGCGGUGGAACACCGGCCACCGGGGAAAGGAGAAGGACCAGUGGUACGUCUCGGCGCUGUUGGAGAAGCCCAUGACAUGACGAGCGACAACAAUGUGUUUGUCCUAAGAAAAUUGUGGUUGCAAUAAUCCUAUUUAUUAAGUUAUAUUAUAUAUAUAUAUAUAUAUAUAGUUUAUAUAUUAAGAGCCCUACGCUUCCAAUAAUAGAGGAAGCCCAGGUUCGGACGGUGCAAUGUCGAGCCGGACCAGGUCUGAACGUCUAUAAAACAGGACCCGGAGUACUAGGGUUCAGUUUUUU